AUGGCUGCGGCGGAUCCGCCGGCAGGUCUCAUGGACAUCGCCAGCACUCUGUCCCAGGACGAAAUUCCGUUCAAGCUGCGAUGUGCCAUUUGCAACAAGUUGGCGGUGAAUGCUUUUCGCCUUCCUUGCUGUGACCAGUCUAUCUGCGAGACCUGCCAGACAUCUCUCCCCGAUACCUGCUCCGUAUGCGCGCACACCCCGGUCUCGCCAGAUCUGUGUAAACCGAACAAGGCACUGCGAACUACUCUUAAGGUCUUUUUGCGAACGGAAGAGAAGAAACGGGAGAAGGAAAGACAGUCGGCUGCGGCCACGCCCGUGAUUACCACCCCCGCGGAAAACGAUACAAUUCCCACGGAGGCUGUUACGAAACAGAAGCAAGUCGAGGAAGCCCCGGUUGAGGUUGCUGAAACCACUGCGCCUGCCGAGACGAAGCCCGUUGAAGCUGCAAAUGAGGAACCGGCUGGAGAUGCGGCAGCAGACACGGAUGCGCCUGUAUCGACCGAGCCUGUGACUGAGCCCGAGACCAAUGACCACGCCGAAACGAAUGGUGACGACGCUGCGGGCGCUACAACGGAUCCCGCUACCGAGGCAGAUGCCCAGCCUACUCCCAAUGGCGACCACCUGGCUGACGAUGAAUCUGCCGCGAAGGAUACAUCUCAACAAACCGAUGCCAACAUGAUGAACGCGGGCCCUGGAGGCUUCUCUGGCAUGGGUGGUUGGAAUGGAAAUAACAACUUCAACGGAAUGAACCCCUACAUGGCCAACCCCAUGUUGAAUUUCCCCAACGGGGUGGGAAUGCCUAUGACAAUGGACCCAAUGGCUGCUAAUCAGGGGAUGUUCGGAGAAUACGGAAUGAACAUGACUGGUAUGGGCAUGAACAUGGGAAUGAACUUCAACGGGCAGGGCAUGUAUGGAUCCUUAGGAUGGGACGGCUCUCAGCAAAACAUGUGGCAAGGCGGCCAAGAUAAAUUCAAUCCAAAUGCUUUCGCAAAUGGCACGGGCCCUCCCUAUGGUGGAGGAGCGUUUGGCGGGUCUAAUAUGUCUUACCCUUCUAGCUCAGACUACCAGUCUGGUUACUACGGGCCGGGAUAUGGCCGUGGAGGUGGGUAUCGCGGUCGUGGCCGUGGUUAUUAUCAAGGUGGUCCCGGUCGAGGUGGAUAUGGAGGCUCUGGACAAGGCCAUUUCCCUCCUAAUGGUAACUCUGGAUUUCCUAACGGCCAGCCUGGUCCCGGUGGUGCCUCAGUCGGAGCCGAUGGAACCACCAGCAACCCUGAAGAUCCUUCUCAAAUGAAUGAGACUGCCGGUACAGACCCCGUAUCAAAUGGACACCCACAGACUGGAGAUGGUGCCGCAGACACGACCACCGAGCCUAGUGCUCAAGAUAACCAAGGCGACCAAUUACAAGGGAUCCCCACUAUUGAUAGCCUGGAUCAAGCCUCUGGCCAGAUGGAGCAUAACGGCUAUCAAAACCACAUGGCCCAGGGGUAUGGACGCGGCGGAUACAUGCGAGGUGGUUUCUCUGGAGGCCGCGGUGGAUACUGGGGCGGAAUGCCCGGUUCGUAUCAGCCUCAGAUGGAAGCUCGAAACCCCGGGGUUGAGGGCGCGCCAGCUGCGCCGCGUGCAAUGCGACAGGGUCUUCCAAAUACGAGUGUCUUCCGCCAACGCGGAUUCCAUGUUCAUGGAAAGGCAUCGGUUGGCAGUAAUACACCGGCCGCAUCUCAAAGGGGAAACUCUGAAGCUCCACAGGACGCUCCACGCACUCGAUCACCCUCGAGAGCUCCUUCCCAAGCCCAGGGGCCAGGAUCAAGGUCUCGCUCCCCAUCUCAAGGCCGAGCUUCCCGCGUUCGCUCACCUCUCGAUGACAAUCGGGAUGGCCACCAAGAGCCAGAGUCAAAACGACCAGGUAUCGUGCAAGAACUCAAGCUAGCUGACCGUCGUUCGCGCUCUCCUUCACGAAUGUCAUCCCGUCGAUCGUCACGACGCAGAGAUCGUGACGAGGAUCGAGACCGCAGAAGUAGUCACCGUUCACACCGCUCUCGUCGCCAUCAUAGCCGAAGCGACAGUCGCAGUCGCACUCGCAGUCCCACGAGGAAUGGAGACGCACGUCACCCUGAUCGUCUAAAGCAGAUUGCCGAAGAAAAGGAACCUAACGGUCAUGACAAGGUAUCUUCUGAGACUGGCGAUCGUGGGGAUCUCGCCAGUCGUGUCAGUAACGGCCACCGAUCUGGCAGGGAUGGACAGAGUCGACGUGAAGAGGAUCGGGAGAGGGAACGGGAUCGUGAUCGUCAUCGUGACCGCGCUCGAGACGGGCGUCGUCGUGAAAGAGACCGGGACCAGGAUAGACGUGGUGAUCGGGAUCGUGAUUCGGAACGAGAGCGUCGUCAAAACCGAGAUCGAGAGCGAGAGCGGGAUCGUGAUCGUGAUCGUAAUCGUGAUCGCGGCGGUGAAAAAGAACGCGAUCGUCGUGAGCGUGGUGCUGAUCGCGAGAGAGAGCGCAAACGUCGUCGCGGCCGCUCCGAAUCCCCCAACACCAACGAUCGCUCCUCGCAGCCUCAAGCUCGCCGCGUGAAAACCAACGGCGAAGACCGGAAUCGCGAUCAAACACGAGCUCAGGCCGCAAAGACCGAAUCUGAAAAAGAUCCUUACACUCUGGAACGGGAAGCCCGCAAUCGCGAACGUCUCCUGCGUGAACAACAAAAUCGGGGUAGCGCCAAAUCGAGUACCUCCAAGUCCAGCAACCGCCGGGAUAGCCGUCAGGAACGUCUAGUAGGCGGUCGUCGUAUCAAUUACAAAUACGAAGAUGAGCUUUAG